AUGGACCCCUCGGAUCCUCGGCACGGCAGUCACCCAUCUCAGUCGAUACCAGAUGCCGCAUAUCCCGACGACUCCCCAUACCGACCUGGCGAUAGCAACCAGAACACCCCGACUCUGAAUCCGCCUCAAAUCAUCAUCCCUCAACCUCAAGGCCCGUCAACAUCCUCCUCGUCUCUCCCUCAACAGGCCUACUCACCACCCCACGCCGGCUCACCCUUCUACUCCAACCCAUCAUCACCAAACUCUGUCCCUUCACCAUGGCAGCAACAACAAUCAACAACACCGACGUCUCUCCACCCCCACGACAUCCCCUCAAGUCCGCCGCCGCCGUACGACCCAACCCAACCGCCAGCAAUCUACUCCCCCCUCGAACCGGUCCGCUCCCAUCACCUAAAUCCCACGCCGCCGGGCUCCUCGCACUACGGGUCGGCGCCAACUCCCUGGCCCGCAGCCCCCGCGCCAGCCGCGUACCAGCAACAACAGCAGCAGGCGCCGCUGUCUCCGAACCCUUACAGUAGCACUCCCGGGUCCAGCGUGAACGGCGGCGUCGGCGGCGCUUAUAAGCUAGGUCCCGUCGCGGCGGCGAGAGCCCGGCGCCGGCGCAAGCUGCAGAUGUGCGCCGUGGCGCUCUGCUUGAUGGUUCUGUUCAUGCUUGCCCUAAUCAUUGGCAUACUGCUGGGAGUUGUCAAGGUGCAGUGGAAGAAGAACCGGGAAGACGAUGACUGAGGUCUAAAGGAAGACACCUACCCAACAUGUUCAUUUCUUUUGUCAACAUUUUCUCCUUAUGGCUUUUUAUUCAGAUGAAAUUCAGAACUAGGCAGCGGCGUGGCGUUACGGAAGGAGGAAGCUUUUCUUUGUUUAUUCCCUCCUUGGCUGGGUUGACUUGGUUUUAAGCGUAUAGAUGCAUUUUGGCUGUACAGCCUGACAACAGUACUACUAUUUACUUGAAUAACGAUACUCUUGAAUC